CCCUAGUCUGGUCUUUGCACAUGCAUAUCAACAUCAACAAGAAAAACGCAUUUGAUAGCAGAAAAUGCGAACUGAUUUCAAUAUAUAAAAGUGCUUAAACCUAACGUAGUGUGUGUGUGUGUGUGUAUGUGUUUUAAUGCGCAUUGCGAAUAAAUAAAUGAUGCCCUAUAAUAUGCGUACCUGCGGCAGCAACGCCAUGGUACGUGAGUACGCUGGCGGCAGCCUCAAUGGCAUUUUGCGCAAAACAGGAGCCGCCGCAGGAGGCGCAGCAACAGCUUCCGGCGUGGGCGCCAAUGGGUUACCGUAUGGCGCUGCAUCAACGGAUCCGCGACAGCCUCCACUGGAGCUGCUCGUUUUUGGCUAUGCGUGCAAGAUAUUCCGUGACGAUGAGAAGGCGCGCGAGAUGGAUCAUGGCAAACAGCUGAUACCCUGGAUGGGCGAUGUAAAUCUCAAAAUAGACAGAUAUGACGUGCGUGGAGCGCUGUGCGAACUUUCUACCUAUGAGGCACCACCUGGUGGCUAUGGAAAUCGUCUUGAAUAUCUCAGCGCCGAGGAGCAGCGGGCGGAGCAGCUGUGCGAAGAGGAGCGCUAUCUGUUCCUAUACAACAACGAAGAAGAGCUACGGCUGCAGCAAGAGGAGGAUCUGAAGCGUCUGCAACAGGAGACAUCCGGUGGCAACUAUAGCCAAGUCGAUUUCCAUUACGAUGGCCAAUCAACAUGUAGCUCAUCUGGUGCAGAUGCUGUCACCUCACCAACGUCGGAGUCAUCGACACCGGCCGAGGAAUCCGAGCUACCGUACACACUGCCACCCAGUCUUCUCGUGGCGCCCGCUCCGGGCAUGCAGUUGCCGGAGACAAUGAAGCAGCAUGCAAUUAUUGAGAAGACGGCACGUUUCAUUGCCACCCAGGGCGCCCAGAUGGAGAUCCUGAUCAAAGCCAAGCAAGCCAACAAUGCACAGUUUGAUUUUCUGUCGCAGGGCGGCCAGUUGCAACCAUAUUAUCGCCAUCUGCUGUCUGCCAUUAAGCAAGGCAAGUAUGCGGCCUCAGCGCCGCCGGCGACAACGGACACGGCCAAUGGGGCAGGCGAGGGGAGCGCAUCUUUGAGCAGUCCGAAGCGUAGCCAGCAGAUCAUAACGGUGCCCACCAUCAAGUACAAACCGUCGGCCAAUUGCGCCUACACCCAGCUCAUCAGUAAAAUCAAAGGUGUUCCGCUGCAGACAGUAUUGGACGAUGAGAACGCUUCACAGCAUUCCAACGGAACCGCCUCGCCGACGCCCAGCUGCAAGUCCGAGGGCCAGAGUCAAAGCAGCAUUGCCGCCCCAGCAUCCAACGGCGAAUUUACGCCCGUCCUGUUGCAGUACAAUGGCAGCACAUUUGCCCACGAGGCGGAGGAGGACAACGCCAACGAUGCGCCGCCUAAGGUUGAGCUAUUAAAAAACACCAGUGCUCUGGCGCUUGCCCAAAAUUAUAGCUCCGAUAGCGACGAUGAGCAGGACGCGGACGAUGACAACAGUAAACAAGGCUCCCAGGAAGCCACGCAAACAGUCACCGCCACUGCCACUCCGACCACCGCCACGAAGAAAACCACUGCGGUGCUAGCACCGCCACCGCUUUUAACUUUUCCUCUGCCAGAGGAGACGCUGCGCCACAUCAUCGACAAGACGGCCACGUAUGUAAUUAAGAACGGUCGCCAGUUUGAGGAGACUCUGCGCACCAAGAGCGUCGAACGUUUCAAUUUUUUGCUGCCGGACCACAAGUUCUAUGCGUAUUACAUGUACAAAAUAACCGGCGAUGUGGACGCCGCUUCUAAGGAGGAGAAAACGCGCAAAGCGGCUGCCGUUGCUGCUGCACUGAUAAGCAAAAAGGGUCUUGGUGGCGCAAAUGCAACUGCUGGAGCUGGUGCGACUGAAAAGGCGCACGUGAGCUUCGCUAUACGCGCACGCGAUGAGAACGCGUCGCUGCAGCCGGUACUGCCACUGGAGGCGAGCGAUGAUGAUGAACUGAAGGCCAAAUCAAGUGCCGAGCAAGCGCGUCCUGGCAUGCCAGAUAGCGUGCAACGCGCCAUCAAGCAAGUGGAGACGCAGCUGCUGGCCAGAACUGGCGCCCCAAAAGCCACUCCGGCAACGACAGCGUCUUCACCACUCAAAGAGCAACGACAGGCCGAGGAGCGUGUCAAGGAUAAACUGGCACAGAUCGCACGUGAUAAGCUUAACGGCAUAAUGUCGCGCGAGAAGCAGCUGCAGCUGGAACGCAAGCGCAAGGCCAUGGCCUUUCUCAAUCAAAUUAAGUGUGAAGGUACGGCUAUUGGCACUGGAUUGGAUGCGUUAACCACGGAAACAGCUGCGGCAAAUGCGGAUUCGGUAGCGGCGGCAGCUAACAUCAAUGGUGAUUCGAAUGAUUCGGUGCGCUCCAUACCCAUCACUUACUUUGGACCUGAUGAUGAUGAGGAUGACGACGAUGAAGACGACGACGACGAGGACAAUGAUGUGGGCGUGCGGACGGCAGCAGCUCCACCGCCGAUCAGAACGGCUUAUGCAGAGGAUGACGAAGAUGAAGACGGCGAUCUGGAAAAAUACAAUUUACUUAACGAUGAUAGUACCAAUACAUUUACCAGCAAGGUGGCGGCGGCAUCGGCAGCAGCAGCAGCAGCAGCGCCCGUCCUGCUCUCCGAUGACGACGAUGUGCAGUUGGUAUCCGCCGCGGCCGCACCACAGUCAGUGUCGGCCGCUUCAUCAGCUGGGCGCCAUCGUAAGACUGGGCGUCGAAGUCGCAGUCACAGCAGCAGCAGCUGCUGCUCCAUAACGCAAGAUGCUUCAGUGACCUCAUCCAGCAGUAGUCCCAGUUGCCGACGCAGUCGUAGUCGGAGUCGCAGUGCCCAUAGGCAGCGACGCAAGCGCAAGUCCAGCGCCAUUGCCAAACAUAGACACCGCCGUCGCAGUCGCAGUGCAUCGCGCAGUUCGCGCCACAAGCAGCGCAGUCGCAGUCGUAGCAGCAGCCAUUCUUGCUUGCGCCGCCAUCGCGACCAUAAGGAGGAGACCUUGUCGCGCAGAAGGAAUCACCAGCGCCAGCCGAGCAAAAAGAGUCACAAGCGCCACAAGCGACGUCGACGCAGCAGCGGAGGAUCUGCCUCGCAAUGAACCGUGUCUUUGUAUCUAAAGCAUUUUAGAUUCUAGGUUUAAGAAUUGUACAUUUCCCUCUUUUUUUUUUUAAUGUUGAGCAAUGUUUUGAAUGCGACCCAUUGAGCAUGGUCGUCAGUAAUAAAAUUUAGGUGUACAAAUAUUUACAAGCUGUUCAUCACAUCAAGGUUGUUAACGAACCAGAUCAUCGUAUAUUGCCGUGUCAAGGCAUAGAUAUAAGAGAAAAGAGAACUUGUUAGAGUUGUAAUUGUAUUAUAUUAUAUUAUAAUCAUGUUUACAAGUCUAGUAUGUAAGCCGAACCAGAUUUAACCAGGAAUUCGCAUCAGGCAAACCGAACCCGAUUCGAAACAUAAAUUUUUUAGAAACGAUUUAGUUUUUAAAACAAGAAACUUUUGAGGAGGACUCCAGGAGGAGGAGGCACAGAGCAUAAUAAACUUCAUCUCCAAUCCUUGGAAUUAUUCAAUCCUAAAUAUUUGUUAAUGCCAAUUUUGGGCAGAGAUCAAAAUUGGCAAUUCAAUUGGAUCAUUAAUAUUGCAAAACCAAGAUAUGAACACAAGUCUGGGUUCAAGGAUGUGUAAAACCAGGUUCACCCACCGAACGUUAAGGCAGGGAGUUGGUUCGAACCGUAAGCCAAACCACCGACUACAUACUUUAUACUUGACAUAGUCUUAAAACCACACGAAUGAAACUGAUCUUAACAAACAAAAUAUUUAUUUCGGAGGGGUAUAUAAAAGAAUUCGGACCGCUCCAUAAGGUCUUUGGUGUGUUGACGGUCACGGCGCAAAUCCACCGACACACAAGUCUAUACAAUAAUUGGCACGUUCCAGUUUUUUGGAGCGCAUUUUAUUUCGUUUAUUGCAGUAAACACUUUUCUUUGGUAAAUUUCUGCAUUUAAGUAUAUUAUUAAUGGACUUUCUAAGCCAUACAAAUAUUUGAACUAUUCGAUGUUGCUAAAGUCAAGAAAUAACGAUUUCUCAAUAUAAAAAAAGGGACAUAUUGUAUAUAAGCUACAAAGUCGUGUAGCUUAGAUUUAUUAUAUUUAUUAUAUGCAAAGUUUAUAUAUAUAAGUUUGGUUUCAAAGAAGUGUGUAGCAUACAGUUGCUUUCUUAUGGUCGCAGUGGGUGUAUUUAGAUCAAUAUAAGUUAGUUAAUAAUAAAUAUAGGUUUAUGGUUAGUAUAUAUAUAUAUAUGUGCGUAUAUGGUUAUAUGAUUUAAUGCAUUCUAGACUAGACCAGGUCUAGAAUUCCAAGACGCCAGGCAAAUAUUUGUCGAUAAGCGUUUGAUAGUAUGGCCAUAGAGCGUCAAUAUCGGGCACCACCUCGCUUUUUGUGUAUAGAU